UACAGUACAAGGAAUACACAUGCAACUGAUACAUGCAUAUACUGUAAAACACUAUACUGUUAGUAAUACAAAAAUGAAAUGCUAAAACUGAAUGACUUCAGUAAGGGGCUCCUUCCAUUCUACUUCAACUCUCACCACCGUUGCACUUCAUUUUCCCAAAAGAUCAGUGAGAUCUUCCGAUUUGAUGUCUUGAGCAGGCUGUCCAGUUAGUGCUAGGGUUUUAGGUUAAAACCAUGAAAACAUUUUUUUAAAGACUUCUUCAGGUUUAAAGAGACUUGAAAUGUUUACUCUGGUCACCCUGAUUUUGUGUCAAGGCUGGGACAGAUCUGCUUGGCAACCCCUCCACCGCCCCUUCUACGCCACCAAUGCAAGUGUCUGUAGACAGAGUCAAAAACCGACGCGGUGUACCGUGCAAACAGUGUGGUCCACUUCAGCAUCUGCACGAACCAGUUCACAGAGCGACUCACAAAGGUCACAAACACUGUGGUGUAGUGUGCAAGCAGGAGGAGGCUUCGUGCAAGUUGUCUUCCAUUGUUGAUGAUCAGAUUGACCCGUGGGUCAUGCCCCGGCCCCAUCCUAAUAAAUUCAGUUGUGUGGUUUCAAAUGAAAAAGGAUAAGAAGGUUAAUCGUGGUAUAAAAAGACAAAAACAUUAUCUGGCAAAAAAGAGAGAGAUUGUUCUGGCGCAUGUUGCACAUUUUUAGUUUUUUUAAUGUCCAUGACCCUAAGAUGGUCUCUAGAAGAAAAUGGUAAACAGUCGGAAUUUACAGACGCCCCCUUACUGUUGCGCAAUCCUCCACUGGCCAAUCGCUGCUCUGCAAGUUUUGUUUCCGGUAUGUUUGGUGAUGUGGCUAUGCACAGAAAUCCAGCAGAGGAGAUUUAUCAAAUAAAAAGCAGAAACUGGUAUCUGAGAAGCACUCAUACAGGUUAGUGCCUUCGUUCUUUCAACUAUCAGCACACCAUUCCCAGAGUUGCAGUUUAGAACAGCUGCCACGCGCUCCAAAAAAACCAGGCACGGCGAUAUAUUUAUCCUAUUAUUCUUGUUAGCCAGCUAGCUAGCUGCUUGUCUACGUGCACUGAAAAGCUAACUCGUCGUUCGCUUUAUCUCUGAGAUUGUCUACUGUGCUGUUUUUAUGCAUGCACAACCAAUACAGCAUCAUAAUUCCGAUGUAUGUAUAUACAUCAAAUACUCUUACUAUGGUUGGAGACAGCACUGUCAAAUUGUUCAGAAAGUAAUCCAUCCAUCUCUCCCCUUAAUCUUUGCCGUUCAGAAGCUAGUGGGCAAAACGAAGUGACGCAGCCGCAGUCGAAUGGCCCUAUUGUUCGGCAGUGUUCGGUUCUGUCCGGUGACACUCGAACCUCGAGGCCCUCUGCACGAACUAUCUGGGUCACAAAACAAUAACAAUAAUGCCCUUAAAUGUAUGUUGCCACAGGUAUAUUAUUGACACAAAGGAUGAUUGACUGCAGUGGCGGUCGGUGCCGUUUAAGAUGAGGGAGGAGGAUUUUUUGAUGAGCAUGGCCUUAUUUCUAUUACAGCAUAUUGGAUGACUGUCAUUCAUAUUCCGUUCACCCAGCUCAAUGUAACGUCGCUAGGUUUAGGCUACUACAUGAUACUCUAAUUUUCCCUGUACCCAUCAUGAGGUUGCUACAACUGAGCCUAUGAAUUAAAGUAGAGCAUUUUGAAUAAUCAAGGUGACAGACAGUGACACAUUCAAUACCGCCUUGCACACGCUUGCCUGCAUCUAGCUGAUCUAGGGAGUAAUCAUUAGUCCAACAGGUGCAAAUGUUAAUUUCUAUUGGACAAAUUCAGGUAUUAUUAACCCCCAUUCAUUACGUUUGCUUCCGUAUAAGAACCAGUGGGACCGGUGGCAAUAAAUUAAUGAAACCAAAAGCUUACCUUGACUUGGAAGAGUUCCAGUGUUUGAUAGCCAGCUAGCUAACAUAGCAUCUCUCUCUGUUUGAGCCGGGUGUUUGAGUAUGCUAAACUAUCUAAGUAAGUGAAAGUUAAAAAAAGAAACAUACAACCAAAUAUAGCUAGCCCUCUUGCGCACGCUCUCUCUCUCUCUCUCUCUCGCUUUUCCUUAAUUUUGGAAGAAAUUAAUUUGUUCAAAACUGUUAAACUAUUGUCUUUCUCUCUUUGAGUCAACUACUUAUCACAUUGUAUACACUGCAGUGCUAGCUAGCUGUAGCUUAUGCUUUCAGUGCUAGAUUCAUUCUCUGAUCUUUUGAUUGCGUGGACAUGUCAGUUCUUGCUGCAAGAGCUCUAAUAGGUUGGAGGACGUCCUCUGGAAGUUGUCAUAAUUACUGUGUAAGUCUAUGGAAGGGGUUGAGAACCAUGAGCCUCCUAGGUUUUGUAUGGAAGUCAAUGUACCCAGAGGAAGACAGAAGCUAGCUGUCCUCUGGCUACACCAUGGUGCUAACAUACAGAGUGCUGCUGAGGCUACUGUAGACCUACAUUGCAAAACAGUGUGUUUUAAUCAAUUAUUUGGUGACGUGAAUAUAUUUAGUAUAGUUUUAUUUAAAACUUUUUAAUGUUUCACUAUUAAAAAAAAAAAUGAAAUUCACUGAGGAGAAUGUUCCUCCCCUUCCUCCUCUGAGGAGCCUCCACAGAUUGACUGUCCAGGAACCCUCAUUCUAUAAUCUAAAUUGUUCUCUUCCACUGCACUUAUUUCCAUUGAUUAUUUGAGUCAAUCUAUGUUUUUGUCUUAAAAUAAAUUAUAUACACAAAAAUGUGAAUCAUAACAAAACAGGGAAACUAACAUUGUAAAUGCAUCAUAAUGCAAACUCCAUAGAGAUUUUUUUGGCUCGGUUUCUGUAUAAUCACUUUGUGACAACUGCUGAUGUAAAAAGGGCUUUAUAAAUAAUGUGACACAAGCCUACCAGACGAGCUAAACCACUUCUAUGCUCGCUUCGAGGCAAGCAACACUGAAGCAUGCAUGAGAGCACCAGCUGUUCCGGAUGACUAUGUGAUCACGCUCUCCGUAGCCGAUGUGAGUAAGACUUUUAAGCAGGUCAACAUUCACAAGGCCGCAGGGCCAGACGGAUUACCAGGACGUGUACUCCGAGCAUGUGCUGACCAACUGGCAAGUGUCUUCACUGACAUUUUCAACAUGUCCCUGACUGAGUCUGUAAUACCAACAUGUUUCAAGCAGACCACCAUAGUCCCCGUGCCCAAGGACUCUAAGAUAACCUGCCUAAAUGACUACCGACCCGUAGCACUGACGUCUGUAGCCAUGAAGUGCUUUGAAAGGCUGGUCAUGGCUCACAUCAACAGCAUUAUCCCAAAACCCUAGACCCACUCCAAUUUGCAUACCGCCCCAACAGAUCCACAGAUGAUGCAAUCUCUAUUGCACUCCACACUGCCCUUUCCCACUUGGACAAGAGGAACACCUACGUGAGAAUGCUAUUCAUUGACUACAGCUCAGCAUUCAACACCAUAGUGCCCUCUAAGCUCAUCACUAAGCUAAGGAUCCUGGGACUAAACACCUCCCUCUGCAACUGGAUCCUGGACUUCCUGACGGGCCGCCCCCAGGUGGUAAGGGUAGGUAACAACACAUCUGCCACACAGAUCCUCAACACGGGGGCCCCUCAGGGGUGCGUGCUCAGUCCCCUCCUGUACUCUCUGUUCACCCAUGACUGCAUGGCCAGGUACGACUCCAACACCAUCAUUAAGUUUGCCGACGACACAACAGUGGUAGGCCUGAUCACCGACAACGAUGAGACAGCCUAUAGGGAGGAGGUCAGAGACCUGGCCGUGUGGUGCCAGGACAACAACCUCUCCCUCAACGUGACCAAGACAAAGGAGAUGAUUGUGGACUACAGGAAAAAAAAGAGGACUGAGCACGCCCCCAUUCUCAUCGACGGGGCUGUAGUGGAACAGGUUGAGAGCUUCAAGUUCCUUGGUGUCCACAUCACCAACGAACUAUCAUGGUCCAAACACACCAAGACAGUCGUGAAGAGGGCACGACAAAGCCUAUUCCCCCUCAGGAGACUGAAAAGAUGUGGCAUUGGUCCUCAAAUCCUCAAAAAAUUCUACAGCUGCACCAUCGAGAGCAUCCUGACUGGUUGCAUCACCGCCUGGUAUGGCAACUGCUUGGCCUCCGACCGCAAGGCACUACAGAGGGUAGUGCGUACGGCCCAGUACAUCACUGGGGCCAAGCUUCCUGCCAUCCAGGACCUCUAUACCAGGCGGUGUCAGAGGAAGGCCCUCAAAAUUGUCAAAGACUCCAGCCACCCUAGUCAUAGACUGUUCUCCCUGCUACCGCACGGCAAGCGGUACCGGAGUGCCAAGUCUAGGUCCAAAAGACUUCUCAACAGCUUCUACCCCCAAGCCAUAAGACUCCUGAACAGCUAAUCAUGGCUACCCAGACUAUUUGCACUGCCCCCCCACCCCAUCCUUUUUGCGCUGCUGCUACUCUGUUAAUAUUUAUGCAUAGUCACUUUAACUCUACCACAUGUACAUAUUACUUCAACUAUCUCAACUAGCCGGUGCCCCGCACAUUGACUUGCACCGGUACCCCCCUGUAUAUAUAGCCUCCCUACUGUUAUUUUAUUUUACUUCUGCUCUUUUUUUCUCAACACUUUUUUUGUUGUUGUUUUAUUUUUACUUUUAAAAUAAAUGCACUGUUGGUUAAGGGCUGGAAGUAAGUAUUUCACUGUAAUGUCUGCACCUGUUGUAUUCGGCGCAUGUGACCAAUACAAUUUGAUUUGAUUUGAUUGAUUCAGAUAGAACCCUCAAUGUCCAAACUCUAGAAUCUUGGGCAUCUCUCAAAAAUCUCAUCUAACAUGUCAAAGCAAGGUGAAACUACCAUGUUAGGACAUGGGUUUACUUUGAUUAUGGAUCUUGCAUGGGAAGAAACACUGCAUGGAAUAUUCACCAUUUAAAAACUUUUGAUAAGCUUAUCAUUUAUUUUGUUGUGGCAUCUAUGGACUCAGAAGAUAUGAAAACCCCAAAAUAUAUUGGGAAAGUUUAGGUAGGACCUCUUGAAGGACUUUUUGGGUAGGAUCUAUUUUGAAGCCUACUGACCAUGACCCAGGUCCCACCUGUCCAGAUAAAGGCCUAAUAUCUCUGUGUCUUGUACCACCAGUUUCGGCUACAUGUUCAGCCGGCUGUCCCAGGGCUUUACCAACGUCCUGCAGGAGCUCUCUGGGGACGAGCCCCCCGAUGGAGCCCCUCAGGUAAGAGAGCCUCCCUCAACCCCUCACAAGCUUACAUAACAUGGCACAUGUUUUGUGUCCUGGGCCCAUAUUUAUAAAUUGUCUCAGAGUAGUAGUGCUGAACUAGGAUUAGGUCCUUUCUGUCCAUAAUAAUCAAUCCAUUGUGAUCUAAAAGGCAAAACUGAUCCUAGAUCAGCACUCUAACACAUGGUUUCCCAAACUCGGUCCUGGGGCCCCACCUGGCUGCAUGUUUUGGUUUUUGCUCUAGCACUACACAGCUGAUUCAAAUAACCAACUCAUCAUCAAGCUUUGAUUAUUUGAAUCAGCUGUGUAGUGCUAGGGUAAAAACCAAAACAUGCACCCAGGGGCGGCCCCAGGACCGAGUUUGGGGAACCCUGCUCUAACGGAUCUCCUUUGGAGGCCUUAAUGUUCUCCAAGUCGGUAUAUUUUUAUCCACUUCUCUUCUCUGUGGCCCUGGUGCAGGAUAUGUUGGUCCCCCAGCUCCCCCCUGGAGAUGCCCCCUGGGCCUCUGAGGAGUCUGGGCCUGGGGUGGAGGAGGAGCCCCUGGAGAGGCUGGCCCAUCUGGAGCAGCUGACGGUGCAUCUCAAGGAGGUGGUCAGAGAUAAGGACAGCCAGCUGGCCACCUUCGAAACGCAGCUCAAGGUGAGGCCUGGGUACGGGUGGGUGCGUGUGCCUUUGGUUUUGUGGGCCUGCAUGUGUUGCUUUGACUUUGUAUGUGUGUGUGUGUGAGACAUGAGUGCAGUGGUUUUAUAUGAAUGUGCCCUCAAUGCAUAGCUUAGAUUUUUUUUCUGUCCUGUGUGAGUUGGGUUCAUGAAAUAUUCAUAUUUGAUGCACUACUUGUCAAAUAAAGAUUGUGGUCAGAAAUAUACUGAGAUUAUGCUGUUGUUGCUGGAACGUGAGUUUCAAUGCUGUGUUUGUUGGUGUUUACAGAGCGAAAGGGAGACGGCGGAUGCCCGCUUCACUAAACUGAAGCUGCAGGCCAAAGCCAAGAUGGCUGCUCUGACCAAACAAAUUGCUGACCUCAAGGGGCAGGAGGGAGCAACAGUAAGUCCUUUAGCUGAGUUCAAAUUAUUCCACAUUCAAUAAGCAUGGUUCUGAUGUGUAUUUUAGCUGUUAUGUAUAGAGUCAAAUGAUGUAGAUUUUUUACAGGCAGGUUGGUCUUUGCUAGGCUGUUUUGUCUCAUCAAUAACAUUUUGAAAUCCUUGUGUCUAUUUCUUAAAGAGCUCUCCAGACAGCUCCUUCACCAGCUCAGCUCCUGCUGUGGAGGAGGAACUCCAGGAGCUGAGGAGCAAGCUCCGUGAUGUAGAGACCUCGGCUAAGAACCUUGAGGAGCGCCUCCAGAUGUCCGAACAGGCCCUGUGUGAAAAGGAAGCCGCACACAUGGAGCAGGUGCCAAUUUUGUUGUUACUCUAACCAUUUUCAAUGAUUGCAUUGUAUAGAAAAAGGGCCCUUUAGCUGACUGCAGAGAUGUCAUGCUUUUAGGUUUGUGUGCUCCAGGCGGUUGUCUGUGAAAAGGACGAACGUUUCCAGGAGCAGAUCCAGAAGCAUGAGGACGAGCUGCUGAGGGUCACAGUGCAGAGGCAGAACGACACUGAGCUGGUACAAACUUCAUUCUCUGACUCACUUUAGUACAAUCAUUCAUACAGGCCAGGUCCUAUACACUGUUUUUAGCCUGUACCCAAGCCCUUAGUGUGUGUCUUGCUAGGCUCUACGUGCAGCCCAGCGGCGUUGUGAGGAGCAGGAGGAGGCCAUGCGGUCACGCUCCCAGGUGCUGGAGAUGCUGCAGGGGGAGCUGAACAAUGCCGACCAGCAGAAACAGGUACAGACACGCUCUACUGUGCUGGUCAGUUUAUAGCCAUAGUGGGAAUGGUGUUUUCACAAUGAAGGUCCCACAGAGAGUACUGUAUAACAUUAUUCGCCAAGUUACUAGAGUGACAGCAGAGUGACACUGACUCUGAGUCUGUAUGUUUGGUGAUUGACAAAUUGCAUGUUACAUAAGGGCUGAGGGGCAAAUGCAUUUCUCAUCUAAAUGGAAAGUCACUGCUUGACUGACACAGCCAAGCAGUUCUCGUUGUAGACCCUACCGUCCCCGUCCUUCAUCUGUCUUCAUUCUCUCUCUCUUGCUCUCCCUCUCUCUGCAGAUACUCACGGCUCAGUUCCGCCAGAUGGAGCAGGAGCUGGCUGAGGCUGGCAGGCUGAGGGAGGAGGAGAGGCAGCAGUGGGCUGGGUGGUCCAGCCAGGCCGAGGCAGAGCUGGUGGCCCUCCGAGCUAACCUGGAAGCCUCCGAGCGGGACAGAGCAGCCCAGCUAGCCAGUCUGGAGGCUUCAGAGAAAGACAGAGCAGCCCAGAUUGAGGAGCUAACAGUGAAACUGGAGUGGGCCACUAGAGAGCGGGAGGAGGUGACCAACAGAGAAGUAGCCAGGUUGGAGAAGGAGCUUGCUGCCUUAAGAGAGGAGCAUGGAGAGGAGCAAAGGGCAGGAGAGGCCCUGGCUGAGUUGUUGACAGGCCUGCGCUCUCUGGCUGGAGAGGGGGCAGAGGAGGAGACCGACCCGGCCCUGUGCCUGGGUACCCUGCAGGCCCGGCUGGAGAGGCUGAGGGUGGAGCAGAGGGAGAGCGAGGAACGCUGUGUCCAGGUCACCCACACCAUGGAGACUCUGCAAGGUAAGAAAACCAAAUACACAAUCAAGCAAGUUUCUUUGUUAUGUUUUUAAAUCUAAGGCAUUCAUGGUACCCUAACAAGCGGCUUGCUUACAGCGUAUUUAAUAAUUGUGUUGUUUUUCUUUCAGAACAACUGGAUAAGAGCACCGCAGAAGGUGAAGAGGCAGUUGCCAGGAUACAACAGCUGGAGCAGCAGAUUGGAAUGGUGAGCAGUCAGACGCACUAAAUGAAGUUAGGGGAUUGUUACGACUACUAAAUUAAUUAAGGUAGCAUAUGUUGCAAGCUUGUUUUGAAUCGUGUAAUAACCUGAAAAUAAACAUCAAAAUGUACUCUUGGAGAAAUAGCUCGUAUGGUUUAUUAUCUGUGAACCCCAAAUUACCAUAUUCUUCAGUCUGUUGUACCGAUUGCUAGAUUCUCUGUUUGUCUAUUUCUGUCAUUUGACCAAAUGGUGGACUUAUUCACACUAACAGGACAUUAAAUCAGCAGAAUAAGCUGCAGUACUAUGGGCUCAUUUUAACCUGUGUAAAAGACAGAGCUGUGGCUCUAUUACAAGGCUCGUUAUUUGAAAAGCUAUGCAAUGCCAAAAAAACAAUGAACAAUGAACCAAGACUUCUGCUAAUAUAUGGCAUCUAUUUAUGUCAAAUGUUUGCACACAAACAGUGAAAUUACAGUGCCUUCAGAAAGUAUUCAUACCCCUUGACAUAUUCCACAUUUUGUUACAGCCUGAAAGUCGAAAUUGAUUAAAUAGAUUUUUCUCUCUCACCCAUCUACACACAAUACCCGAUAAUGACAAAGUGAAAACAUGUUUUUAGAAAUGUUAGUAAAUGUAUUGAAAAUUUGAUACAGAAAUAUCUAAUUUGGACAAGUAUUCACACCCCUGAGUCAAUACAGUUAGAAUCACCUUUGGCAGCGAUUACAGCAAUGAGGCUUUGUGGGUAGCGAUUACAGCAAUUAGGCUUUGUGGGUAAGUCUCCAAGAGCUUUGCACACAUGGAUUGUACAAUAUUUGCACAUUUUUUUAUUUUUUUAUUCUUCAAGCUCUGUCAAGUUGGUUGUUGAUUAUUGCUAGAUAGCCAUUUUCAAGUCUUGCCAUAUAUUUUCAAGACGAUGUAAGUCUGUAACUAGGCCACUUAGGAACAUUCAAUGUCGUCUAGGUGAGCAACUCUAGUGUACAAAACAUUAACAACACCUUCCUAAUAUUGAUGCAUACAACACCUUCCUAAUAGGGAUGCUGGCCAAUGUUGACUCCAAUGCUUCUCACAGUUGUGUCAAGUUGGCUGGAUGUCCUUUGGGUGGUGGACCAUUCUUGAUACACGGGAAACUGUUGACACAACCAGCAGCGUUGCAGUUCUUGACACAAACCGGUGCGCCUGGCACCUACUACCAUACCGCAUUCAAAGGCACUUAAAUAUUUUGUCUUGCCCAUUCACCCUCUGAAUGGCACACAUACACAAUCCAUGUCUCACUUGUCUCAAGGCUUUAAAAUCCUUCUUUAACCUGUCUCCUCCUUCAUCUACAGUAAUUGAAGUGGAUUUAACAAGUGACAUCAAUAAGGGAUCAUAGCUUUCACUUGGAUUCACCUGGUCAGUCUAUGUCAUGGAAAGCGCAGAUGUUCUUAAUGUUUUAUACAUUCAGUGUAUAUUUGGCAUUGUGUUUUAGGUUAUUGUCCUGCUGAAAGGUGAAUAAUAAUAAUAUGCCAUUUAGCAGACGCUUUUAUCCAAAGCGACUUACAGUCAUGUGUGCAUACAUUUUUACGUAUGGGUGGUCCCGGGGAUCGAACCCACUACCCUGGCGUUACAAGCGCCAUACUCUACCAAUUGAGCUACAGAGGACCACAAUCCUCCCAGUGUCUGUUGGAAAGCAGACUGAACCAGGUUUUCCUCUAGGAUUUUGCCUGUGCUUAGCUCUAUUCCAUUUAUUUUUAUCCUAAAAAACUCCCCAGUCCUUGCUGAUGACAAGCAUACCCAUAAGAUGAUGCAGCUACCACCAUGUUUGUAAUUAAUAACAUCACCAUGCUCAAAGGGAUAUUCAAUGUCUGCUUUUACAUUUUUUACCCAUCUUCCAAAAGGUUCCCUUCUUUGCAAGGCAUUGGAAAAGCUCCCUGGUCUUUGUAAUUGAGUCUGUGUUUGAAUUUCAAUACUUGACUGAGGGGUAAUUGUAUGUGUGGGGUACAGAGAUGAGGUAAUCAUUCGAAAAUCAUGUUAAACACUAUUAUUGCACACAGAGUGAGUCCAUGAUAACUUAUUAUGUGACUUGUUAAGCACAUUUUUACUCCUGAACUUAUUUAGGCUUGCCAUAACAAAGGGGUUGAAUACUUAUUGACUCAAGACAUUUCAGCUCUUCAUUUGUAAUUAAUUAGAAACAUUUCUAAAAACAUAAUUCCACUUUGACAUUAUGGGGUAUUGUGUGUAGGCCAGUGACACAACAUUUCAAUUUAAUCCAUUUUAAAUUCAGGCUGUAACACAACAAAAUGUGGAAAAAGUCAAGGGGUGUGAAUACUUUCUGAAGGCAAAUGUUGACUGUGCGGAGUCACAAUAGAAAGCAACAAACCCUCUAUAGACGUUUGUGCUGUAUGUGUUUACAGUCUGAUACAAUAUGAUCUAUUAGUGUACUGUUAUUUCGCUGUGCUGUGAGGACUGCCCAGUCAGCACAUUGAGUGUCACACAUGCUUAUUCAUGUGGGGAAGUCUCACUGGUCUCUGCCCUGACUACUGGGGCAGGUCAGUCGGCAACGAUCUCAGAGGGGACAGCCUGAGGGACAGAGACAGUUGUUGGGGUUAAUAAUGCUGAGGCAGAAUGUCCUCCUGUCGUUUGGGUCAAGGAAAUGCUAAUCGCCUCUCCACUGAUCCUCUGUUAUGACUGCAGCCCUGGGCUGACCUUCACACACUGGGCCAUCAUAACUACAGUGUAACUAUUGUGUAACUACAUUACAGCUGUGUGAAACUGGAUUUAUGAGUUAUUAAGUCAUAAAGUUUACACCCUAUGUGUGUUCAGAAAUAACUCAGGCGUUUGCCUUGCUCUCCUAGGCUGCUAGUGAGUCAUUGGUCCAGUAUGUGACUGACCCAUCUGUGGAAAAAGUGUCUGAUGCUGAAAAAGGUAAGGAGACCUAUUUUUUGUGUGUAUUUUUAUUUUUUGAAUCUGAAAGCCAACCACCAGGACUUUGACCAGUCAUACAUCCUGCUAGCAGCGCACACACCCUCUAUUGAUGUUUGCAUAGGCUUGGACACUGUGUGCUGUCACAGGCCCCGCUGACAACAGAGUCCGGCAUAGUGACGCAAAUGCGGUUACAGGCCUUACCCAUUUUACACAGUCUGUGACUAAACCUAAAAGACUGGUGGUUUAGUAGACAGAGUAUGUCAACAGUAUUGACGGUAUGUCAACAGUGUUGAUGGUAUGUCAACAGUGUUGACGGUGUGUCAACAGUGUUGACGGUGUGUCAACAGUAUGUCAAUAAUCAUCUAAAUUGUUGAAUUGUUAACAUUUAAAGUAAAAAGAUUAAAGAAUCUAUAAUAUAUAGUCCUAGUCAUGAACUACUGGGAGGUGCCACUUGUAGACCUAUUAAAUUAGAAUAAUAGGAGAGAUAAGUGGUAGGAGCUAAUUUUAGGAAGCUUUAUUUAAGUUCCUGCACGGGUUACAUGAAACAUCUGUUUUGUUUUGGCAUUUCAGCUAUGAUCAAUUAAUUGUGUAUUGUGAGAUAAUUAGGCUGACUAUUCAUUUGAAUCUUUAUUGAUUUCCCCAGCCCAAGUAUUGGCUCUGGAGCAGCAGCUAUUGGAGAAAGACAAUGAAUUGGCUGCCCUGCGAGACCGUCUUGCACUGGCUGAAGAGCAGGGCUCCAGUGAUGCAUUAAAGGUAUGCGCUGAUCAGAUUCUAAACCAGAGUGAGGACACCGCCAUGGCCCCCUGCGACAGUCCUAAAGUGCUGCCAGACCUCCUAGAAGACACGCAAGAGGAGGGCACCACCCUGGUGGCAGAGGAUAGCUCAAUCCUGUCAGUCUCCGCUGAUAACGAGAGCAGUCCAGAGCUCAUUGAACCCCAGUCUGACUCUCCCGGAGAAUCUAAGGGGGCCUCCUCUGAUGAGAUGGUCACUAGCAGUGACUCCGAGGUGGCCCACAGCAGCUGGACCCUCCUAGAGGCUGUGAACCAAGAUGAAGGUCAGCAGUCGCCUCCCAUACUGCAGGACUUUGGCCAGCUCCAGCUGCAAUCCUGGGAAGAGAACAGCUCUGAGCAGGAAACAUCCACAGUCCAGGUGGAGUCCUCAUCGGUCAUCAUCCGUGAGACUGUGCAGGUGCACCUCAGCCAGCAGGAGGCGACCCUCUUUGACUCUGACUCUGCCCCUGGACAGGUGUUUGCCCAGGCCCUGGCAGAUGAUCUGCAGAACAGGUACAGUGAGCUCAUGGCUGAGCUCCAGAGACUGAGAGAGGCUGCCUUAGAGUCACAGGAGAGAACCCAAGGCCUGGAGGAAGAGAUUCGGUCCCUGGCAGCUGCCAAGGAUGAGGCAGAGUCCCGGGCCCAGAGAUAUGAGGAAGAGCUCCAGUCAGCCAGGUCAGAGAUGGACACGGUGGCCAAGCACAGUGGCUCUGAGUUGGAAAGGCAGAGCAUGGAGAUGCAUCUCCUGGAGGAGCAGCUGGCCAGCCUGCAGACAGAAGGCCGCUCCAAAGAGCAGAAGAUCCAGGCCCUGCAGGCAGACCUGGGCGAGGCUCAGCACUCUCUCUCUGAGCAGGAGGGCCAGGCCAGGAUGCUGAGCGCCCAGCUGGAAGAAGGGGAGAUCACCUCCUCUGAGCUGGAGCAGAAGCUCCAAGACAUGGAGGCCAGCCUGCUGGAGUUCUCCCAGGCUAGGGACAUGGCCAAAGCUGUACUGUCUGAGAGGGACACUGAGAUUAACGAGCUGCAACUGCGCAUCACCCAGAAAGAGCAGGAGAUGAUGGAGCUGAGCAACGGCAUGUCUGCCAAACUGCUCCAGGCAGGUGAGGAGAAGUUCCUGGUGAGCACUGAGAUCAAGAAACUGAAGGAGCAGAUAAUUGAGCUUGAGAAAGCUGGAGAAAAGGAGAAGGCGACAGGGGAGAGUCAUUUAGAGGAUGUUGAUGAGCUCGCUAGUUUGCGAAAGGACAAAGAGGAUCUGACAACCCAAGUGGCCACCAUUAAAAAGAGGUUGCAGGCAGCCCUGGUGCAGCGCAAAGAGCUGAUGACAAAGGUUGCGGAGUUUGAGAAAGAGGCAGAUCAAAGGAAAGGGCAAGUAGGGAAAGCAACGGAGGAAGCCCCUGCAAGUGUACCAGCUUUAGAAAAAGACAGAAAACAAGAGGUUAUGGCAAUUGAGAUUACUCUUGAAGAGUUCAGACAAGCCUUGAGGUCCAAAGAAGAGACAAUGGAGGUUCUGCAAGAGACACUUGAAAUUAACAGAAGGCUGAGUGAGGGAGCUGAGCAGACUCCAGAGGCAGGCACCUCAGCUGAAAUCACUGGGUUGCAGUCCCAGGUGGCCUCACUGGAGUCAGAUUGCGAAACACUGCAAAAGAAACUCCAGGAGGCCCAGGACUCUCGCAAAGACACCAUCCGCAAGGCCAAAGAAAAGGACAGGCACCACCGUGAACAGCUAAAGCAGCAAAAGGAAGAGUACAACGGGCUGUUGGAGCAUUUGGAGGAGCAGACCGGUGAGCGAGAUGGGCUGUUGACUAAACUGAGAGAGCUCGAGGAACUACAGGCACAGAAAGAGGUGAGCACAGUGAAGAGGGGUACAUACAGAGCUGGAGACCAACACUGCAGCGGAGAAGAUGGAGAAGCCAGCUGCAGGAGAUUGGGUCCAGGAAGACUGGGUGGACUUUGCCGCACCUGAGAAUGAAGCACAACAACAACAAGGUGAUAAACCCAUUCCCAGUGCUGAGGAACCCUCUCAGCUACUUUCAGCUGUCAUUGAGGCCUCAUUACAAGCUCUGAAAGAAGAGGUCCAGGCUGAGAAGGCAUCGCGUACAGAGUUGGAGGGCCAACUGCAGGAGAGCCAGGCUAGCCUGUCACUCAGGGAAAGUGAGCUCCUAGAGCUGGGCAAAGAGCAACAGGCCCUGAGAGAGAAGGAGAGACAGAUUGAACAUGUCUAUGAGGAGUUGGAGGCUCUGAGGGAGAAGUGUCUCCAGGCUCAGACCUAUGCAGAAGCUGUGAAAGCAGAGUUUGGAGGCUGCUGUCAAGGGAACUGCCUCAGACUCUGCUGAGUCCACCAUUGCCAUCCUGCAGACAGAGGUGGAGGAAUUCAAGCAGUUCCUGAGCAACAAGAAUGAUGAGAUCAUGGAGCUUAGCCAGCAGCUGGGUGAGCAAAGCUCCCUCCUACAGUCCAUGCAAGAGACGGUGUCUGAGAAAGACCAGUCGAAUCGCCUCUCUGCAGGAAGGCCUGAGAGCAGAGCAGGAAAAGAGCCAGAGACUGGAGGCUGAGGUCCUCCAGAGGCAGGAGGAAGAGAAAGGCAGCGAGGCCAAGAUCCUGCAGCUUCAGCAGAAGCUCAAGGCCGCCCUUAUCUCCCGCAAAGAGGCCCUCAAAGAGAACAAAAGCCAGAAAGAGGAGUUGGCCUCCACUGAGAAAGUCAUCACUGAACUGCAGCAGAAGAUGGAGGCUAGAGAAGUCGAGCUGGAGAAGCUGAGAGCAGAAAGAGAGAGGCUGAUAGAGGAGGUUGAUCGGACCUUGGUGGAGAACCAGAGCCUUGGGGGGUCCUGUGAGAGCCUCAAGCUGGCCAUGGAGGGUAUGCUGACAGAGAAAGACUUCUGUAAAAGAGAGGCCGAGUCUGCCAAAGAGGAGGCUGCCCGGGCAUGCAGAGAAUGGGAGGAGAAGGUGCAGGGGAUGAAGGAUGAGUAUGAGACUCUGCUGAAGUCCUAUGAGAACGUGAGUGAUGAGGCAGAGCGUGUGAGGCGUGUGCUGGAAGCUGCUAGGCAGGAGAGGAAGGAGCUUGUUGCUAGAGCCAGGACCCACGAGACAGCCAGGCAGGAGGCUGAACGGCAGAAAGAAGUGGCCCAGAAAGAGGUGGACACUGUGAAAGACAAGAUGAGGAAGUUUGCCAAGACCAAGCAGCAGAAAAUAAUGGAUUUAGAGGAGGAGAAUGAGAGACUCCGAGAGAUGGAGGAAAAGAAAGGAAUAAGAAGGGAAGACAAGGCACUCAAAGGAGAACUUGAAAGACUCAAAGAGGAGCUUGAGGCUCUGAAAGCUGAUUUGAAUGCCACUACGGCACAGAGGGACUCCUUAGAACAGCAGGCUGUUGAGUUGAGGGCGCAACUAUCCCAACAGCUAGAGAAAGGGGACAGAUUAGCUCCAGAUAAAACCCCCAGCUCUGAUGAUGUAGUGGACGAGGCUAUUGUUGCCCAGCAGUCUAGUACAGCCAUGCCUGAAACUACCCAAGAGCCAGUUAAGAGCCAGCCUCAGGACAUAGAGCCACAUAGUCAGGCCAUGGAGUCUGAGAUGGCUGCACCUGAAAUGCCCUCUUUUGAGGAGACGCUGAAGACCGAAACAACUGAAAGGACACAGGUCCUAAUUGAGGAGAAAUUGAGCAAAAUGGAGGCAGCCCUACAGUCAGAGAGGGAACUGAGGCAAGAGCGCGAGGCUGAACUCACUGCUGAGCUGGCCUCUCUGGAGCAGCGCCUUCAGGAGAGUAGAGAGAAGGAACAGACCCAGAGGGAGGAGCCAGUGAAGACGGACAUGUCUGAAAGUGAACAGGCCGUAAUUGAGGAAAAACUGAGGGAAAUGGAGGCAGCCCUACAGUCAGAGAGGGAACAGUGGCAAGAGCGUGAGGCUGAACUCAACGCUGGACUAGCCUCUCUGGAGCAGCGCCUUCAGGAGAGUAAAGAGAAGGAACAGAGCCUGAUGGAGGAGAGCUCUAAAAGGGAAGCCCAGCUCAAGGAGCUCCACAGCAGCCUGGAGGUAGAGAAGGACGACCUAGAGGAGCGUCUGAUGAACCAGCUGGCCCAGCUGAAUGGCAGCAUCGCCGGCUACCAGCAGGACGCGGCAGACAGCCGGGAGCGCCUUGCGGAGCUGCAGCGGGAGGUGGAGAGACUGGAGAGGGAGCGGGCCGAACUGGAAGCCCUGGCCGAGAGCGAGAAGGACCGGGCCGCCAGGCUGGAGGAGGACAAGAGGCAGGCCCAGAGAGAGAGGGCCGAGGCAGAGGCCGAGUCAGGGAAGCAGAGAGAGCUGGAGCAGCAGCUGAAGUCUGCCCAGAGGGUGAAAGAGGGCAGCCAGAGCCGGGCAAAGCAGCUGGAGGAGCUGCUGAGAGAGAAGCAGCUGGAGGUGCGCCAGAUGCAGAAGGACUGCAUCCAGUACCAGGAAAGGAUCAGUGAGAUGGCCAGGGAGGGAAAGGCUCUGCAACUGGGCAGCAACGAGGUCCACAAAGAGCUGGGGCAAGCCUAUCUGGAGAGGACCAAAGUCACAGACGCUUUGAAGAAGACUGAGGCUGAGCUAUCUAGCUGCAAAGCCCAGCUGGUUGAGGCCCAGACAGAGGCCAUCCAGGUCCAAGUUCAGAAGAGAGCCUGUGAGCAGACCGCUCUACAGAGAGAGGCUGAGUUGAAAGCAGAGGCAGAGCAGAGUCUGGACUCUGUGAGGUUCAGGCUGGGAGCCGAGCUGAAGCAGAUUGAGCUGAGAUUGGAGGAGUCUUACCGGGAGAGGGAGAGAGAGGAGGAUGCCACCCGUGAGGCAAGAGAGCUGGCUGACACCGCUGAGAGACAGGCCCAGCAGAUGCAGGCCCGCCUGGAUGAGUCUCUGGCCCGACUGGCUGCCUUCUCGCGCUGUAUGUCCUCCCUGCAGGACGACAGGGACCGCGUGCUGGAUGAGACCCGGCAGUGGGAGAGUCGCUUCAACAGCACCCUCCAGGGGAAGGAGGCCGAGGUGCGGGAGGGAGAGACCCGGUCCAGAGAUCUGGCUGAACAGCUGCAGAAAGAGACCGCUCGGAGAGAAGAGCUACAGCUUACAGUGGAACAGGUACAAAUGGCUACUGUUCCUGACAAAGUUUAUUACAUUUUGUAUCAUUAUUUUAAUUAAAUUGCCCCAAUUUCCUGCUAGGUUUGUGAUACACUAUACUGCGUUAUGUAAUGUUUUUUAAAAUAAUUUGUUUGUCCAGACUGCAGAAAGCAGACGAGCAGUGGCAGCUGAAAUGGGAGCAGGAAGAGAAGACGCUCCGUGAGAACCAGGCUGCCCUGGAGCAGGAGAGGGGGGAGCUUCAGAAGUCCCUAGCCCAGACCGAGACCUCCCUGGCUGAGGCUCGCGCCCAGCUGGCCUCCCUGGAGAGCGAGGCGGAGGGGCUCCGCCACAGAGCCCAAGCCCUGGAAGAGGCAGUUGGGAAGCUGCAGGGAGAGACCAACGAGGCCAGGUCCCAGCUGAAGGAGAGGGAAGCAGAGGAGAGGAGGCUGGGCCUGAGCGUGGAACAACUGGAGACAGACCUGCGCUCCUCCAAGACCCUGACAGAGACCCUGCAGACAGAUCUGAGUGAGAAGGAAAGGAGAGAGGUGGAGCUGCUGGGGGAGAAGGAGCAAGCCGUGACACAGGUAUUCAUCACUAUUGUUUUCUCUCUGCUUUAUGUCAUGUUUUGUGAUCACAAUGAAUAGUUGCUAAUUUUAAUGCGUACAGUGUCAAAUUCUACAUUUAUUCAAAUAGGGUGUCAAAAUUCCCUACAGACUCUUUGAGACGUUACCAUUUUGAUUGAGCUAUCAAGUUGUUUUACCAGCUUGAAAAUGUUUAAACCCAUUCCCCUACAUCCUCUUGACUGUUUACAUGCUUGCUCCCCCCAGGCUGCAGAGGAGGCCAGGAUGGAGGCUGACGCCAGGGCCCAGGAGGCUGAGAAGGAGCUGGAGGAGAGGAGAGAGGAGGUGCGAGGUCUGGAGGACCGGCUGCGAAAGGCAGAGGAGGAGAGGAGCCACAGCAAAGCCAGGCUGGACGCCUUCACCAAGGCCAUGGGCUCUUUACAGGACGACAGAGACCGAGUACUCGGCAUGUACAAACAGCUGGAGGAGAAACAUCUGCAGGUAAAAGAACAAUAACACUUAUGGAUAGAGUAAUCCUCAUUUAAAGGGAUUCUAAUUCAAGAGCUUUUUUCAUGUGUACAGAGGCAUAAAUGGCAGGUCAACAAGACAUUCUGAAUGGAUUCUCCUACACUUAAUGUAAACCGGUAGUAUAUGGUUCCAUGUUUAUUUAUGUACACAUGUCAUCGAAACUGAAUGUAGCGAUAAGAGUGAUAUUAUUAGUGUGAUAGUAUUCUAGAAUGUCUUCCUCAUGCCCCAGUUGUAUAACCCAUCCCUCUACAUAAUGUGUCUGUGUUGUCCCAGGUGAUGAUGGAAAAGGACGCUCUGAUCCAGGAGGCUGCUACGGAGAAUAACAGUCUGAAGGAGGAGCUGCGCUCCCUAUUGGUCCAGAAGGAUGACCUCCACGCAGAGAAGGCGAAGCUAUCUGCCCAGCUUCACGGCUACAGGGACGACCUUACCCAGGUCCUCACCAUGAAGGAGUCCCAGCACAAGCAGCUCUUGUCCGGCCAACUGGAGCGCAUCGCUACCCUUGGAGAAGGAGAGAGAAGAGCUAGGGGCUAAGAUCAAGAGCCUGGAGGGAGGGGAGGCUUUCGUUCAGGCGGUGGAGAGGGAGACCCUCAGCCAGGCUGGUGAUAGUGGAAACAGGCAGGUUAGAGAUGCUCCCGGGGUGGAGGUAGAGAAGCUGAGGGAGCAGCUGCAGGCUGCCAGGGCCCAGGUGGAGAGCCUGGAGGAGAGCCUUGCCAAGGAAAGAGAGGAACAGGAGGCUCGGCAGAAGGAGCUGAAAGAACUGCGUUGGGAGGGAGGGGUGACGCGCACAGAGUCGGAGACAGCGGCUGAGAGGGUGGCUGAGCUGGCCCGGGACCUACUGACCAUGGAGCAGAGGCUGCUGGAGGAGAGGGAGGUGGCCGGCCAGCUCCAGGCCCAGAACCAGGCAUUUGGCCAGGCCAUGGCGUCGCUGCAGGGCAGUAGGGACCAGGCCCUCAGCCAGGCCCAGGAGCUCAGCCUCAGACUGGAGGAGAUGAGCAGGGUAGGGGGCCAGCAGACACCCACCACGGGCCCUGGAGGAUCCACUGCGGAGGUGUGGGGACUGAAGAACGCCCUGUCAGCCCUGCAGAACGACAGGGAGAGACUGGUAAUCAACCAGAGUUAUCUCCAUUUUACACAAAGUAUUCCAUAAAAGCACUACUAACACAACCAAAAUGGUAGUCACAUUAUAGCUUACCUGCACAUAGUGUUUUCAUAUACCAGUAUCCACAGUAACACAAGCUUUGUUUCUCCCUGUCCUGUAGUUGGAACAGCUGCAGCGGCAGCACUCAGAGCUCACUCGACUGGGAGGAGGAGAGCUGUCUAGACUCAGCCAGGAGCUAGAGGAGGAGAGGAGGAGGGCUGAGGAGAUGGUGCACAGGAUGAGGGAACUAGACAACCUGAGACAGAGGGAGAAGCAGGAAUUAGAAAUGCUCAGGUGAGACACUUCAUACACAAACAGUCACAUCAUCAAAAUUACACAGAGCUGCUUAUGUUAUUUAAAAUGCAAACAAUCUUAAUCAUGUUUAGAUGUAUAUGAGUGUGUAUGCAUUGGCUACAUAGGUAUAUCUGUCUGUGGCUUCCUCUCUGAGUGUGUGUUUUCUCUCUCUAGGCUGGAGCAGGUUGACUGGCAGGCCCAGGCAGAGCUCCUGAAGCAGCAGACCCUGGCCACCCUCUCAGACCGUGACCAGCAGGUGCGCCAGCUCGGUGCCAUGUUGGAGGAGGCCCAAACCACCAGGCCCAAACCACUGGAGGAACACUACCAGAGAGAGGUGAGGAGGAGGACACCUCUAAAUCUGCAACUGAUAACUACUGUACUUGGACCAGGGAUUAGUGAGAUGGCCGACGUAAUCUACUUUUUUAUUUUAUUUAACCUUUAUUUAACUAGGCAAGUCGGUUAAGAACAAAUUCUUAUUUACAAUGACGGCCUACCCCGGCCAAACCCGGACGACGCUGGGCCAAUUGUGCGCCGCCCUAUGGGACACCCAAUCACGGCCGGAUUGUGAUACAGCCUGGAAUCGAACCAGGGUCUGUAGUGACGCCUCUAGCACUGAGAUGCAGUGCCUUAGACCGCUGCGCCACUCGGGAGCCUACUGCUGUUAAUGUUCAAAUCAAAUUGUAUAAGUCACGUGCAGAGUUUACAGCGGGUAUAAAAGGUGCAGUGAAAUACUUGUGCGCUAGCUCCCUCAACAUUGCAGUACAAUAUCAAUAAUAAUCAAAAGUCUAUCAAAAUAACAAGUAAUUAAAGGAAGGUAGUAUGUGUAGUAAUAAAAUUGCUGUUUUCACAAUAGGAUAUACAGUAUAAAUGAUGAAUGUGCUAUGUCAAGUAUGACUGUGGUACAAAUAUAAAGUGGAUAGUGUCUUGGUCGCGCAGUUCAAUAUACAAAAUAACAGCAGUGUUGACUGUGGCAAGUUGCAUUCUGCUGGCUACGUACACUUGGCCUCUACUGGACAAUGUUAUCUACAAAUCUAGGUUUAGGUUAAACAUUUGUGCAGUUAAGAGAUGUAUUUGAAUGUUAAUGGUGUGAUUAUUUUUCACCUCUGUUCUUCUCCAUGGCUAUUUAUGUAUUCUUUGUUUGUUGUUUUUUGUACUCAGGCACCUCUUGGGGCAGACCUGUCAUCUAAAGUAGGGGUCCUUCAAUCAGAAAGUGGCCCGCUGAAUGAUCUUCAGCUGCGAGAGCAGCAGAUUACAGAGCUCAGUAACAAGGUAUAGAGACCACAGACUGUUCCUCCUUCCUGUCACCCAUAGCCUCUUGUCCAUGUCUAACAACCCUACCUACAAUCAUUCUGUUUUACUACUACGCUAUCUCACAACUAUCACUGAUCACCCUCUCUGACUUACAAUACUAAAUUACAUGGUUGGAUGAAAGAUACUUAAUUGCAUGAUUAUGGAUUGGAUGAUUACGUUUUUCAUCUGUGUGUCUCCCUCUGGCUCUUUCCUCUUCAUUUAAUUUCCCUUGCAUGCCCCUUUUCCAUUUUCUUUCAUCAUUUCUUCUCUGCUUUUUGUUCGUUCUUUUGGUUUGGUGUGUGUGUGUGUGUGUGUACAGUCUGCUGAGCCCCUUGCUGUCCCUCCCUCCCCUCAGCUCUCGCAGGUGUUUGAGGAGAAUCGCCACCUCUCCUCCCAGUUCCAAGGCAGUUCGCAGAGGCUGGACGAGGCAGAGAGCCGCUGCACUGCCCUCCAGAGGCAGCUCCAGGAACUGCACGAAGACAAGCGCAAGGUCAGCACGCCCUUGGAUAUCACUCUGCUCUGACUCAUGCACUGUCCCUAGUUGAUACAUACUGAACAUAUGUUUUUAAAGAUAAUGUUUGCACUACGGCAAAGAGGAACUAGAUUUACACAUUGACAUCUCUGGAGGGAUUUAAGACUCUACUAUAGUGAUUUCUACUAUGUUUAGAGAUUUUGACUAUUUCUUGUGGCACCCAGGAGACCGGGGAAGUGGACAGUGCCCCCGGAGCUCCUCAGCAGCACAGUGGCCCUUCAGAGAGCGAGAGCCUCAGGGCUGACUUCAAGGAGCUCCAGCGCAGGUACCAGUUCUCAACCCCACGACACCGCCCUUUAAAAACACACAACCAUACAGUACACACACACAUUCUGUCUACCAAUGACCAAACCAACAUGCAAGCACACAAAACAUGAACAAUAACAAACAGAACAGACACAAUAAACACAUUCAACACCACACAGCCCCAGCCCAUGAUAACGCAAGCUUAUAUGUCCAACAUGCUAAUGUGUCCUUUCUUUAUGUCUGUCAGACUGGAUGAGGAGCAGCAGUAUAGGAUGGUUGUGGAGGAGCAGCUAAUGGCCGCCCAGGACCACCUCAAACUGUAAGGGAGUCAUCCUCUGCCUUCCCCUACAGCACUACACUCACUGACACUGUGUGAUUCUAAUGAGGAAUGAGCAUGUCAGCUCACUGCUGUGACUGUCAGGCUCUAUAGAGAUAUUCUGCUCUGAGAUUUGUAGAGGUACUGUAUUGAUAAUGGGAUUAUUGGCCUCAAGUAAUCGUUUGGCAUAUUUGUGUUGGAACUUGUCUGAGAGUUUUCUUGUGUGUGUCAGAUAGUAUUUACUCAGUAUCUCUCUCCUCACUCAUCUGCUGUAGGAUCAACCAGGGUGAAUGGCAGUCAGCCCACGAAGGGCAGUUCACUGCUUCUGAGACAGCUGUCCUCAUUGAGCCACCAGGAGGCUCUGUCACCCGAGUAAGUACCAACCAACACCCUGUAUUUAUUUACACAAGAUACAUUUAUAAAGAUGAAAUGUCCAUUCACGAUUGCCAUGUAAGAAUAGUCUUACUACUACUGCCUCUUGUAACUGUCUAUACUUCUCUCUGUCUCUCUCUGUCUCUGUCUCCCUCUCUCCCCCCCCCAUCAGAUUCGGAGCAGCAGUGGGCCAGGCCUGAUGAGAAUGCUGCGCGUGGCCUUCUGCUCUCGCCAGCGCACACCCCUGCUGGUGUCCCUCUACCUGCUCACCGUGCACGUGCUACUACUGCUCUGCCUGGGGGGUUACGUCUAGGACCCCCCCCACCCCUUAGAGACUGAGAGAGGAGAGAGAUGGAGAGAUAACGGACAUGUGACACAGACCCACCCACCCCCUCUCCAAGACCGAUAUCAUAUUACUGUUACAUCCAAUACUGUAGAAUAGGAGAAGACUCGUCACACACACACACACACCACAUGCACUUUUGAUACAACACAACAACAAAAAACAGAAAUGUGUCUUAGCCUAUUAGCCAAAGUGAAUCAUUUUUCGAUAUACCGGGAGUCAAAAACACCUACUGCCAUCAUUGAUUUGAUUCAAUAUUGAAUAUGUUACGGUUAGCGUACAUGAUCAGUCAAAUGUUAUUGUAGAGGAAAUGAGAAGUAGUAGUGCGCUACCUCAGAACUGGUGUUUAUUUGACUUCUAUAAAGGGAAAUGGAUAUUAUGCAGCUUUAAAUGUACCCGGGGGAACUAACAUGAAAUUACACUAUACAGUAGAUUCACACCGUGUUUAGUUUUUCAGGCAAUUUAUAUUAGUGGUGUUUAGGUGCCUUUAAAUUAGGAGAAAAAAGGGUCACUUUAUGUCUGGAUGGCCUGAGGGUUAGGAUCUGUGGAUCUGUUCAUAUCGCUCCCUCUUACUCUCCUGUGUUCUCAUGUACAAUGGACACCAACUGAAAGGUGUACAAACCGCUAUUUCUACAUUCCCGCCACAAUCUAUUUAUUUAAUUUUUUUCUUCCUUGUUUUUCCUCUUUCAUUUUCUCUUUUAUUAAAGAGAGAGCACUAGCAUUGGCAUAUUUGACUCCUGUAGUAUUUGUAUGUACAGUAUGUAUGUAUGUAUGUACUGGUUGUGGGUUAUCCAAUCAGUUCCCCCAAUUUAUGCCAUUGUUGCACAGAUGAGGGUUAUAUUCUAUUGAUUUUAUGGCAGAUUCAUUUGCCAUUCUGGUGUAAUGUUGUCCAUUCCAGAUGAAAUCAUGUUGGUAUUUUUUCUGUGACACUACAAAUAAUGUCCAUCACAUCUGGAUUCCUAUAAUUUAGCAUUAUUUAUUGCUUACGCAUUCAAACCGCAUAAUCUACUACAAUAUAUGGUGAACACAAUACUGCUAGGAAAAAUGACUACUCAACAACCUAUUCUGGUUUUCUGUUGUCCCACUUCACAUCUUGUAACUCACUUUUCAUCUGUUAACUUCUAUUGUAAAUGACCUUUUACUGUGCUGUAUAGAUUGAAUUUUGAUGAUGAUGAUGAUUGAUAAUGAUAGGUAUUUUUCCGCACAGCCCACUAAGAGGUAUAGGGCUAGAUUUGUACCAGUUAGUUUCAAAGGGGAAAAGUUAGAACAUAAUAGGUGAAAAGAUAAGACAAAUAUUGGGUAUUACACAUGAUUUAUGACCUUAUGAAAAUAACUGGUGCAAAGUAAAUCGAGUCCGAAGUGUAAAAUCUCUGUAUGAUCAGUGUUGGUUACUCUUGGGCUAUUUUUUAAAUGAAAUAUAUUGGGGAAACAAAUGGAUGUUUAUUACGGAAUACGGAUGUAUGCUAUUUAACUAUCAUUAUCGUUUUUAAUACAAUUGUGUCCAGCUUUGAUACAGUAGCAAGCCAGUAGCUACUUGCAUAUCAUCGGCCACGCGCACUGUUUCCUCUAUCAUCAGUUUGCGCAACUCUAUCCUCGCGCUGGUAGAGACGAUAAAAUAUACAUUUGUGACACAUUAUUACAUCAAGGAAAAAUUUCUGGCAACGCAAAGGUACGUGUAAUUACAAUGAAAUAAUGUUUCUUUGUUUGAAUUAAGUAUUUAUUACCGUGAAUUUCUAAACGUCUUUCUUUCAGGAAGUUGCGGAUAAGUUCUGUACUGUUCUCAUAGGCUAUAAUUUUUCAAAGUUAAUCAACGGAAGGUCUAGCCUACUUGGAAGAUAUAAAUAGUUAUGGUGUAAAUUAUAGCCAGCUUAUGUUCAGUUUUAUUACUAUAUUGGGUAAAUGCACUUUCAGACAAAAUGCAGGUAUCAAACAGUUUACUUUAAAUAAGCCAUAUGGUUCCCUUUAUCACCGUUAUUUUUUUACAUUAAAUAUUUUGUAUUACCUUGUUACUAAACCAAAAUACCAAAAGCAUGUCCCUCAAAUGUACAUCCUUGAGAUAUAUGCACAAAUACCAGACUUUGUAUCUGCUGUAACUGACUGCAGUUUGUGUGGUACAAUGAGGAACCAUCAGGUAACUGCACUUUAUUUUAUAUUUUUAUUUUAACCUUUAUUUAACUAGGCAAGUCAGUUAAGAACAAAUUCUUAUUUACAAUGACGGCCUACACCGGCCAAACCCGGACGACGCUGGGCCAAUUGUGCGUUAUAUUGACAUCAGCCUGGACAGCUGUGCGCAGCUGUAAGAUACCCACCACUUCCAUGAGGUUACUUUGUGUUUGUUAAACUAUUCAUGAAUAAUGAUAGUGUUCUUUUAUGAUGAGAACACUGCAGCUCAGUGCUGCAUAAAUAACUCAACUUCCUUUUUAGUGACCUCAGCAGAAUGAGACCAUAUACUUGUGGUUAGCUGUCUGUUUUUCCACUGUGACAAAGGGAAAAUGUUAAAUGCCAUGAAGCUUAUUUGCAGGUACAGGUGAUUUGUUCACAAGGUACACACAAAUACAGUGUUCACUAAAGCUGUGUUUCUCAACUUGUUUUUCCCCCAGGGACCAACAAGCUGUGGUCCCUCUUGUGUGCACACAGCACCCAUCUGAUCCAUACUAUUCUGUCUAUAUAUACACUAUGCUUAGACUUACAGUACAAAUCUUCUGUUUUGUUUCUCUUCCUAGAUGUGGAAGUCAGUGGUGGGACACAACGUGAGCAUAAAGGUGGCUGCAGAGGGGGAUGACUGGGAGACCGACCCUGACUUUGAGGUUAGCUACUGGGCUGGAGGGGGGAGGGGGAGGGGGAGGGGGGAGGGGCGGGGGGUCCCCCCUAUGGAGCUAGUGUAUUUAAUAAGGCACACACUUGUCUGUUACUAUGUCACUCUCUAAUCAAUAUUUUCUCCCAGUGGAAUUAAUGUUUUGUUUAUGCUUGGUCUGUAACCGCCUCAGUCCUGUUUUCAACGGUACCUUGGUCUUCAUACUACAGUUAGGGGAUGAGAAGGACUUGGGUUCUGUGUUUCAGAAUGAUGUGUCAGAACAGGAACAGAGAUGGGGUGCCAAGACCAUUGAGGGGUCUGGUCGAAAAGAACACAUCAGGUAACCAUUGAACAGUAACUGUGGGUGGGAUGUCAGCCUGAGAUGACCAGACCAGAAGUAACACAUCAGAGACAGAUCAUAGUAUGAUUGGUGUGUUAUGCUGUUGGAGAGCUAUGGGGGAUGGUAAUCUCAGCUGUGUAUUGCUGCUUUAGCUCUGUAGAAACAGGAAAAGGAAGUGAAAACAGUGUGUAGGCUGUCAAGCAGUGAGUCUUACCAAAUAUGGGUUGGUGACUGAGUAAAUCUAAGGGUUAGCUACAGACUAGUGUAACUAUGUAGUCCCGGUGUCAGCAGAUAAUGUAAAAUGGGAAUAAAGUUAUGCAACAAAGUUCUGAUGUAUGCGUGCAUGUGUGUAUGCAUGUGUGUACUUCCAUGCAUGUUUGUGUGUGUGUGUGUGUGUGUGAUCCCUGCAUCUCCCCAGUGUAGCAGAGCUGAGACAGAAGGUGUCCCAGGAGCAUGAGGUGGGGAAGCAGAAGGAGCGGGCAGAGGCUCCCAAGGCCUCCUACGGUUACGGAGGGAAGUUUGGAGUGGAGAAAGACCGCAUGGACAAGGUCAGGUCACACCCCAAUAAACUACAUGUUAUAACGUUUCAUCAUGUGAUGUUGAUACACUACAUGACCAAAAGUAUGUGGACACCUGCUCAUCGAACAUCUCAUUCCAAAAUCAUGGGCAUUAAUAUGGAGUUGGUCCCUCCUUUGCUGCUGUAACAGCCUCCACUCUUCUGGGAAGGCUUUUCACUAGAUGUUGGAACAUUGCUGCGGGGACUUGCUUCCAUUCAGCCACGAGCAUUAGUGAUGUCGGGUGCUGAUGUUGGGCGAUUAGGCCGGCUCGCAGUCGGCAUUACAAUUCAUCCCAAAAGUGUUUGACGGGGUUGAGGUCAGGGCUCUGUGCAGGCCAGUCAAUUUCUUCCACACCGAUCUCGACAAACCAUUUCUGUAUAGACCUCGCUUUGUGCACGGGGGCAUUGUCAUGCUGAAACAGGAAAGGCCUUCCCCAAACUGUUGCCACAAAGUUGGAAGCACAGAAUCGUCUAGAAAGUCAUUGUAUGCUGCAGUGUUAAGAUUUCCCUUCACUGGAACUAAGGGGCCUAAACCAUGAAAACCACCAAACUUUACAGUUGGCACUAUGCAUUGGGGCAGGUAGCGUUCUCCUGGCAUCCGCCAAACCCAGAGUCAUCCGUUGGACUGCCAGAUGGUGAAGCGUGUUUCAUCACUCCAGAGAAUGCAUUUCCACUGCUCUAGAGUCCAAUGGCGGCGAGCUUUACACCACUCCAGCCGAUGCUUGGCAUUGCGCAUUGUGAUCUUAGGCUUGCUGCUCGGCCAUGGAAACCCAUUUCAUGAAGCUCCCGACGAACAGUUAUUGUACUGACGUUGCUUCCAGAGGCAGUUUUCCAGAGGACAGACUAUUUUUACGCGCUUCAGCACUCGGCGGUCCCGUUCUGUGAGCUUGUGUGGCCUACCACUUUGCGGCUGAGCCGUUGUUGCUCCUAGACGUUUCCACUUCACAAUAGCAGCACUUACAGUUGACCAGGGCAGAAAUUUGACGAACUGACUUGUUGGAAAGGUGCCAUCUUAUGACGGUGACACGUUGAAAGUCACUGAGCUCUUCAGUAAGGCCAUUCUACUGCCAAUGUUUGUCUAUGGAGAUUGCAUGGCUUUCUGCUCAAUUUCAUACACCUGUCAGCAACGGGUGUGGCUGAAAUAGCCGAAUCCACAAAUUUGAAGGGGUGUCCACAUACUUUUGUAUAUAUAGUUUAUUUCACUCAUAAGGUCUUCAGUGAAGUCCAAAUAACACACUAAGCACAAGGCAAUGCAGUGCAGUGUUGCUAACCCCAAAACGUAUGCGGUCAGACAGUACAGUUGUGUGUGCUGACCUAUUGCAACUUUUAUGGACUUCAACAGUUUAUCAAAGAUCGUUUCCUGUGUUGAUGUAUUAUGCAUGUGUAAUUACCCAGGGGGCAGUGGGGCAUGGCUACGUGGCGCAGGUGGAGCAGCACUCAUCCCAGACAGAUGCAAAGAGAGGAUUCGGGGGGAAAUUUGGAGUGCAGAAAGACCGUGUGGAUAAGGUGAGGAAACUAUACUCGUACUGACAAAUACAAAGAUAUCACAGGAUUUGAUGAAAAGGGUGAGGGAUCGUCCUGGUGAUGAACAUUCCUUCUCUCUUCCUGUAGUCUGCCAUGGGUUUUGAAUACAAGGGAGAGGUGGAGCAGCACACAUCUCAGAAAGGUACAGCCUUAAGGAAGUCUCAUACACUUUCACAUACUUUCUGGUUUCCAAGUAAGCCGACUGCAUGUUGUUGUCCAAACCCAGCUAAUCCUGGCAUCUUUCUCACUCUGCUUUUAUCUUUCAGACUAUUCUAAGGGAUUUGGAGGGAAGUUUGGGGUGGAGAGGGAGAAGGUGGACAAGGCUGCCUUGGGUUACGACUACAAGGGAGAGACAGAGAAGCACCAGUCUCAAAAAGGUUAGAGUGGUACUGUACUGUGGGCUGUUUGUAGGUAGAAACGUUUCAUGGUCAGUUAUUAAUAUUAGAUCUCUAAUUCAUAUUUGAAACAACCUCAUCCCUCACUCUCCCUCACCAGACUAUUCAAAGGGUUUUGGAGGGAAGUUUGGGGUGGAGAGGGAGAAAGUGGACAAGGCCGCCUUGGGUUACGACUACAAGGGAGAGACAGAGAAGCAUGAGUCACAGAAAGGUCAGUUACACAGUUUUAACCACAUUUGUGUUUGUAAAAGUCAAGGACCAUGUCCACAUUAAACUGACCUUUGAUCUCCAUGUUCAGACUAUGCCAAGGGCUUUGGGGGACGCUAUGGAGUCCAGGCAGACCGCAUGGAUAAAGUGAGUCUUUAUCUCAGGAUGACAGUAAUUCUUGAACCAUUUUACAUUGACCUGCACCAACACACUCAGGCUAUGACGUUUACUCAUUGAUUGGAAUUAUGGUUCCCCAAUCCCCAUACGCUCUAUAGAGUGCAGUGGCCUUCACAGACAUGGAAUCCCCUACCUCUGCCUAUGAGAAGACACUACCAUUGGAGGCAUGUAAGUAUGCGCUUUAUUGUUCCUCGUAGAAAGGCUAAAGUUGUUCUGCUUGCUAAACAUUUACUACAAGUUCAAAGAGGAAAAUACUGUUUUUGUUUUUCCUGUCUGUCUGUGCAGCAAGUGCAGGGGCAGGCAACCUGAAGGCUCGCUUUGAAAACUUGGCUCGGUCAUCAGAUGAGGAGAACAGGAAGCGAGCGGAGGAGGAGAGAGCCAGGAGACAGGCUAGAGAGAAGAGAGAGCAGGAGGAGGCGCGACGCAGACAACAGGUACUGCAAUAAAAAUGGUACUCCAAUAAACACGCACACACUGACACAGCGGUCUGUAUCUCUUGUAGGAACAGAACAGCAGGGAGGAGGAAGCAGAGCAGCAGAGGCCUCCACCUAUUGAAGAGCAGAGACCUCAACCUGUUCCAAAGCAGAGGCCUCCACCUGUUGAAGAGCAGAGACCUCCACCUGUUGAAGAGCAGAGACCUCCAUCUGUUCCAGAGACCAAGAGGAAGCCCCAACCACCACAGGUGCCCACUGCCAGGGCAGUGCCUCAGAUACCAAGAGAUGAACCUGAGCCAGUGGUAAAUAUCUCUGAUUUAAUUCAAUGCAACUCACUGAUGAACUAAAAACUGUAAUUUAUUUUUCACUGCCACGUUAUAGAAUUCAUUGGUGAAAUUCACAUCUACUCCUUUUCUGUGGUCUCAGGAGGAAGAGGAGGAGGAGCCAGACUAUGACCAGCCCCCGUACCUGCCCCCACGGUCAAGUGACCUGCUGGAGGCGGAGCCACCUCAGGAGCAGACCCAAUCAGAACCAGAGCAGGAUGAGGGAGAGUAUGAGGAUAUCGCACCAAUACGUUUAGCUGUCGCAGUACCUGCUCCAGGUUAGUGUGCCACACCCAGUGGGGUAGAGGGGUUGGGUAACCCAUUACUGAGUCAUAUCAAAAGACUGACUCUUCCAUGUGUCCCAUCUCCAGCUGUGGAUAAUGACUAUGAGGACCUGACAUGCGGUCAGACAGCAGUGGCCAUUUAUGACUACCAAGGAGGUAGGUACUCUACUGUAUCAGUGACUGCGUUGUGAUAUCAUGUCACAAUUCUCAUCUAUUUAUUGGCCAUACUGUGAUGUAGGUACUUCCAUUGUGGAUCAAUACAGUAAUCAAUGCUAAACAUUGCUCAACACACAGAAGUCCAUAAACCCUUUCGGAGACAAAAUACUAAAAUAAUGUUAUUCUCACACAUGAAGAGGCAGAUGAUGAGAUCUCCUUCAACCCGGAUGAUGUCAUCACUAACAUAGAGAUGGUGGACGAAGGCUGGUGGAAGGGACAGUGUCACGGACGCUUCGGACUUUUCCCUGCUACAUUCGUGCAAAUGAUGUAGUGAGCUUGCCUAUACAGUCUCCAACACACAGACAUAUACCUGAGUCCAUAGGACCCAUGAGCUGUGGGUCUUUUCACAGGGGGAACAUAAGCACAUUGCUCCAAUCUGACAGGUAUAGUUUGAUUGUACCAUGGGAGAAUCUCAGUUGCAUACUCCUCUAUCCUCACCUUCUCAAUACCUAUUUUUUUAUU